AUGGACAUUUUAAUUGGAGCCGAAAUUUUCUUCAGUUUACUGUCAGUAGGUCAAAUAAAGCUGAAUGCUGAGUUAAUAACGCUACAAAAGACUCAGUUAGGUUGGAUUGUUUCAGGCAAAUGUAAAGCUAAGCCAAACAUUACCAGAGCUAUUUGUGAUCUGGCGGUUGCCAAUGCUGAAGAUUUUGUUAUGGAAGACGAAAAUGUAGACAAGACGCUGCAGAAAUUCUGGGAAAUAGAGGAGGUAAAAGGUUGCGAAUCAAAAUGUACGCCAGAGCAUAUGAAUUGCGAAAAUCACUUUAAAGAAAAUUUCAAAAUAUUGCCCAGUGGCCGAUUUGAAGUGAAACUGCCCUUUAAAAAAGACCCAUCUGCACUUGGAUCUACAUUUGAAAUAGCUCAAAAACGAUUCCUUUCAUUAGAAAGAAGAUUGCAAAAAACGCCAGAAGCUUAUGACAUGUAUAAAGACUUUAUGAAUGAGUACAUCACAUUAGGCCAUAUGUCUCCAAUAGAAAAUAUUGAUUUUAAUAUGCCCCAUUACUUUAUCCCGCAUCAGUGUGUUUUAAGACCCGAUGCCGCAACUACCAAGUUACGAGUAGUUUUCGAUGCGUCAUGCUAA